CCCGACGACGACGACGACGACGACGACCCUCACCCCUUGCUCCUUGUCCCUGCAGCUCUCGCGCCAUGGCGCAGCUCUUCGCAAAGGACCCGCGCAAUGCCGGCCUCUUCAUCGGCGGCGAGCGCAUGAGCGGCGCCGAGAUCCGCAACGAAAACGUCCUCGCCGCACAGAGCAUCGCCAACAUCGUCAAGAGCAGCCUGGGCCCUGUGGGUCUGGACAAGAUGCUCGUCGACGACAUUGGCGACGUGACCAUCUCCAACGACGGCGCCACGAUUCUCUCGCUGCUCGAAGUCGACCAGCCCGCCGGGCGCAUUCUCGUCGAGCUGGCGGCACAGCAGGACAAGGAGGUCGGCGACGGCACCACGUCCGUCGUCAUCAUUGCCGCCGAGCUGCUGCGGCGCGCAAACGAACUCGUCAAGAACCGCAUCCACCCCACGACGGUCAUCACGGGCUACCGCCUCGCGUGCCGCGAGGCAUGCAAGUACAUGCAGGACCAGCUCAGCCAGAAGGUCGAGAGUCUGGGCAAGGAGUGCCUCGUCAACGUGGCAAAGACGAGCAUGGCGAGCAAGGUGAUUGGCAGCGACGAUGACUUUUUCGCGCAGCUGGCCGUCGAUGCCAUGCUGGCCGUCAAGACGAUCAACCCGCGCGGCGAGACCAAGUACCCCGUCAAGGCCGUCAAUGUGCUCAAGGCGCACGGCAAGUCUGCGCGCGAGUCCGUCUUCGUGCCCGGCUAUGCGCUCAACUGCACCGUCGCGUCGCAAGCCAUGGUGACGCGCGUCAAGAAUGCGCGCAUUGCCUGUCUCGACAUCAACCUGCACAAGCAGCGCAUGCACAUGGGCGUGCACAUCACCAUCGACGACCCCGCGCAGCUCGAGAAGAUCCGGGCGCGCGAGAGCGAAAUGGUGCUGGAGCGCGUGCGCAAGAUUCUCGCCGCCGGCGCAAACGUCGUCCUCACGACCAAGGGCAUCGACGAUCUCUGUCUCAAGGAGUUUGUCGAGGCGGGCGCCAUGGCCGUGCGGCGCUGUCGCAAGGAGGAUCUGCGCCGCAUUGCAAAGGCCACCGGCGGCCAGCUCGUGUCGAGUCUGGCGAACCUCGAGGGCGAAGAGACGUUUGAGGCUGCGAGCCUCGGCUCGGCCGACGAAGUGGCGCAGGAGCGCAUCUCGGACGACGAGCUGAUUCUGGUGCGCGGCACAAAGACGGUCUCUUCCUCGUCGAUCAUUCUGCGCGGGGCAAACGACUAUCUGCUCGACGAGAUGGAGCGCUCGCUGCACGACACGCUCAGCGUCGUCAAGCGCACGCUCGAGUCGGGCAGCGUGGUGCCGGGCGGCGGCGCCGUCGAGUCUGCGCUGAGCAUCUACCUCGAGACGUUUGCCACGACGCUCGGCUCGCGCGAGCAGCUGGCAAUUGCCGAGUUUGCCCAGGCGCUGCUCGUCAUUCCCAAGACGCUCGCCGUCAAUGCGGCAAAGGACAGCACGGACCUGGUGGCCAAGCUGCGCGCCUACCACAAUGCCGCGCAGAGCGCCGGCGCCGGCGACCCCAAGAAGGCGCUGCGCUGGUACGGCCUCGACCUGCUCAACGGCGCCGUGCGCGACAAUGUGCGCGCCGGCGUCCUCGAGCCGACGGUGAGCAAGGUGCGCUCCCUCAAGAGUGCCGUCGAGGCGGCAACGAGCCUGCUGCGCAUCGACGACUCGUUCCGCAUCCCGCCGCCCGAGCCGGAGCAAGAUCCGCAUGGACACAUGUGAAAGAAAAGACGCUUUGCGGGAGAGUAGAGGGUGGCGGUGACGCGCAGCGAGAAUGUCUGG